AUGGAACUUGUGUUUUUUGCCUUCUUGGCUUUUGCUGCCAUCAUUGCUUUGUUUCAUGCUGGCGAGUGGCUGACGCAAUAUAUGUAUAACCGAUCCAUGUGCUCCAUCAAUUCACUUGCCAUUGAAAAACACUACAUGAUUGCCAUGUCCUGUGCUAUACUCGAAUACAUCAUUGAAUCCAUCUUCUUUCCCUCUCUUAAAACCUACUCAUGGAUUUGUUAUUUAGGAAUUAUUCUUGCCUUGAUCGGUGAUGGAAUCCGUAAAUGUGCCAUGAUUACUGCAGGAAUGGCAUUCACUCAUCUCAUCCAAGAGAGAAGACGAGAGGGACAUAAUCUCAUCACUCAUGGAAUUUAUUCUUACGUUCGUCAUCCUGGAUAUUUGGGAUGGUUCAUUUGGGCUCCUGCCACUCAAUUGAUUUUAAUGAACCCAUUUUGUGUGUGUGCAUUUACGUUUGUGGCAUGGCAAUUCUUUUAUGAUCGAAUUCCUUUUGAGGAGGAAACAUUGGUGGGGAUGUUUGGAAAACAGUAUGAAGAUUAUAGGAAAAGAGUUCCUUCGUAUAUUCCAUUUGUUGAUGCCUUAACAGUCAGCAAAAAGUAG